CAAAUUGCAAUUCUCUUCCGUUAAAAACCCUCUCAUUAAUUAUAACCAAAAUUGUAAGCUUUGAAGAGAACAAUAAAAAAAAGGUUGAGAAAAAUCAAGAAAUGGGAGAAGAAAAAGGCAAGAUUGAAGCUUUGAGGGAAUGGGUCGUGGAGCACAAGCUUCGUACUGUAGGGACUUUGUGGGCGAGUGCGAUUGUGGGUUCAUUGGCAUACAAUUGGUCUCAGCCGAAUAUGAAGACAAGCGUCAAGAUCAUUCACGCUAGGUUGCACGCGCAAGCACUUACUCUUGCUGCAUUGUCCGGGGCUGCUAUUGUCGAGUACUACGACCACAAGUCAGGAGCAAAAACAGAACGAGUUGCAAAGUUCCUCGACCAACACAAGAAUUGAAUCACGACCGUAUGAGUAAGAAACAGAUUGUGCUUCUUCAAAUCCAUAAUAAACUCAGAUGCCAUAGUCGAUUAGAUAGUACAUGGGGCAGACGUGCGUAGCUCCAGCAUAUAGAGACGAGCAAACUUCGCUCGAAACAAUGAUUUUUUUGGCCUUCAAUUAAAUUGGUUGUGGAUGUGGUGCAGUUGUCUUGAGUUGUGGCAACAACUGACUAAGAGUUGUGUUAAUGAUAUUUACGAUCAAGUUUUA